AACAAAUGCCAAGGCACCGAGGAAGGCGGGGGGUGGGGGAGCCUCGUGGCUGGCUCUUCCCUCGCUCCUGCUGCCCUCGCACUCCAAACGGCGUCGCGCAACCGCAGGCGCUUCUGGUCUCAAUUAGGCGCUCUUGCUUGCGCCGGGCAUUCUUCGCCGGAGCUCUUCCUUGCAGCAGGCACCGACGGCGCUUCCCACCGGUUUGCGGAAUUAUCCCACGGCCAGGUCUGCGAAUCCCAGAUCCGAUCAUUUGAGGGGGGGUGGGGGGAGAGAGAGAGAGGAGAAGCUCCCCCACCGCCGCCUUCGAAGGUCCCACAUCUUAUUCCAGCCAGGGUACCCUCCUUCCGUCCAAAUUUACCAAUCCCCUCUAUCUUCCCUGCUGCUUUCCAGUUCCCGCUAAAUACUUGCCGAGACCCCCCCCCUCUUUUUUUCCCCCCUUUCCCUGUUGCAUCCAAUCUUUCCACCCGCAAAAGCUGCCAACUUAAUUGAGCUAAAAAUAGCCCCUCCUUUUAAAGGACCCUGCUCUGUCUCCCCCGAUCCCACAGUCUCUCUACUCCCCCCAGCUCCGCUCGGGAACUUCAGAGAGUCCCGGUCGACUGCAUUCCCAGCAGCCAAGGGGAUCGCUCAGCAGGUGAGAGGACAACUCCGAGGCUUGUGCGCGAAGGGACCUCUGUCUGCAGUGAUGCGCGCCGGCUUUCCCCUAUGGCUGCUGUGCUGCCUGUUCUUGGAGCUUCGGUGCCCCUCGAGACUGGCCCAGGUGGAGGCGCAGACUGUGCUGACGGAUGAUGAGAUCGAGGAAUUCUUGCAGGGCUUCCUGCAGAGCGUGGAUUCUGAGAACGAGGAGGAGGCCGAAGAGCAGGGAGCGGAGAAGGUGGCUCGAGGCGAGGAGGUGCCGGAAAACCCAGGGAGGCUCAAGCCUGCAGGGAGGGACAGAGGCCCAGCAGAAGAAGGCACACCAGAGAGGGUUAAGGAGAAGCCCAAGAAAGGAAAAAAGGAGAAACCACCUAAACCAACCAAGAAGCCUAAAGUGAGACCUUCCAGGGCUCCCAAGAAGGAGAAGCCUCCAAAACCCACCAAAAAGCCAAAGGAGAAACGUCCAAAGGCAACAAAGAAACCCAAAGAGAAAUCUCCCAAACCCACCAAAAGAACAUCAGGAGGAAAGAAAACUGAGAGGCUUCCUUUAGUCCAGCCACAUGAGGAGGAAGAGAGGUACCACUUGCCGGAGAGACCACUGGUCCCACCUCCAGCCAGAGAGGAAGACUAUUAUGAAAUGCCUGAUUCAUCCCGAUUACAUUCGCCCUAUGGGAAGGAAGAUGAGUUAGCUCGUCUGAAUGAAGAAGGGGGGAUAUCUUUGUUCCCAGAGGAGCCGACAGAACCACGAUGGGAUGAGGAACAGGAUCCAAGCAGGCAUCAGAUUGACUAUUAUGAACCCCCCACUGAUCCACAGGAGCCCAGGAGAGAGGACAGGAACCGUGAAAGUCGGCCAGAGUCCCCAGGAGAACGGGAGCCGCCUACACUGGAUUACAACGAGCAGAUUGAGCGCGAGGACUACGAGGACUUUGAAUAUGUUAGACGCCAGCACAAGCCCAGCAAACCACCAAAGAGGAAACCUGAGAGACCCAGGCCAGAGCCAGAGGAGAAGCCAAGCGAACCUGAAGAGCUGCCCGUCCCACCCUUUGAGAGUCAUUAUGAAGAAGGGUUUGAGCUUCCAGAUUAUGGGGACAUGGACUACGCUCUGCCUCACCUGAAGCCCAAGAAAUUCCCCAGCAAAACAGAUGAGGAAGAGGAGAUGGAGACGGAUGAAGAGAAACUCAAACUACAGAAACCUAAGAAGGGGGGUGGCAGCAGCAAGGAAGAGGAGGAUGGUGAUGUGGAUGGAGACAAAUGGGCAGAAGAAAAAACCAAGGAUCGGAAAGGAAAGCCAAAGAAAACAGGAGGGAAAAAAUGGGAGACAGAUGAGGAUGAGUGGACUCCAGAAGAGAAAAUAAAAUGCCCUCCCAUAGGAAUGGAAUCCCAUCGAAUUGAGGAUGAGCAGCUCUUAGCUUCUUCCAUGCUGCGGCAUGGUCUGGGUGCCCAGCGAGGUCGCCUAAACAUGCAGACAGGGUCCAAUGAGGAUGAUUAUUAUGAUGGAGCCUGGUGUGCAGAAGAUGACAGUCGUGUACAGUGGUUCCAGGUGGACACCAGAAGAACCACGAAGUUUACAGGAGUCAUCAUUCAGGGCCGUGAUUCUGCUGUCCAUGAAGACUUUGUCACCACCUUCUUUGUGGGCUUCAGCAACGACAGCCAGAACUGGGUCAUGUACAGCAAUGGCUAUGAGGAAAUGCUUUUUUAUGGAAACGUUGACAAGGACACUCCAGUGAUGACUGAAUUUCCAGAGCCGAAGGUCGCCCGCUUCAUUCGUAUCUACCCACUGACCUGGAAUGGCAGUCUUUGCAUGAGGCUCGAAGUAUUGGGCUGCCCCCUCUCCAGCAUCCAUAGCUACUACAGCCUUCAGAAUGAAGUGAUGACAUCGGUAGACAACUUGGACUUCCGCCAUCACAACUACAAAGACAUGAGACAGCUUAUGAAGGUGGUAAAUGAAGAGUGCCCCGACAUCACCCGCAUCUAUAACAUUGGCAAGAGCUCCCGAGGGCUAAAGAUAUAUGCCAUGGAGAUUUCUGACAAUCCAGGGGAGCAUGAACUAGGGGAGCCAGAGUUCCGCUAUUCUGCAGGAAUCCAUGGCAAUGAAGUGCUGGGGAGAGAGCUCCUGCUGAUGUUGAUGCAGUUUAUGUGCAAGGAGUACAAAGAUGGGAACCCCCGGGUGCGGAACCUGGUGACUGAGACCCGGAUUCACCUUGUCCCCUCGCUCAACCCUGAUGGCUAUGAGAUCGCCAGCCAGAUGGGCUCUGAGCUUGGGAACUGGGCUUUGGGGCACUGGAAUGAGGAAGGAUAUGAUAUCUUUGAGAACUUCCCUGAUCUCAACAGCAUCCUAUGGGCUGCAGAAGAGAGGAAAUGGGUUCCGCAUAAAGUCCCCAACCAUCACGUUUCCAUCCCUGAACACUACCUGGCAGAGGAUGCCUCAGUGGCAGUGGAAGUGCGAGCCAUCAUGGCCUGGAUGGACAAGAUUCCUUUUGUUCUUGGUGCCAAUUUUCAUGGUGGGGAAAAGUUUGUCUCCUACCCCUUUGACAUGGCUCGCCCUGCCAGUGAGAAUGAAGUGGCCCCUGCAGUCCACCAGGACUAUGAGGAAGAGAACCCGGAAAUCAAAGAGACCCCAGACCAUGCCAUCUUCCGCUGGCUGGCCAUUUCCUAUGCUUCAGCCCAUCUCACGAUGACCGAGACCUUCCGUGGGGGAUGUCACAAUCAAGACAUGACCAAUGGGAUGGGGAUUGUCAAUGGCGCCACGUGGCAUCCACGUGCAGGCAGCAUGAACGAUUUCAGCUAUCUCCACACCAACUGUCUGGAACUCUCCAUCUACACAGGAUGCGAUAAAUACCCCCAUGAAAAUGAAUUGGCCCAGGAGUGGGAAAAUAACAAGGAGUCAUUACUGACAUUCAUGGAACAGGUGCAUCGUGGCAUCAAGGGUAUGGUGAAAGACCAGCAGGGAGACCCCAUUGCAAAUGCCACCAUCUCUGUUGUGGGGAUCAACCAUGAUGUACAAACAGUCAGCGGGGGUGAUUACUGGCGCAUCCUGAACCCUGGGGAAUACCGCGUCACAGCCAAGGCUGAUGGCUACAAUCCCAGCGUCAAAACUUGCCAUGUCUUCUAUGACAUCGGAGCUACCCAGUGUGACUUCACCUUGACCCGCUCCAACUGGAAGCGCAUCCGAGAAAUCAUGGCCAUGAAUGGAAACAGGCCCAUCUGGAGGCCUGGGUCUGGCCAGUCUAUGACACCCAGAGAACGCCUUCGCUGGAGGAUGAGGAUGCGGCAGAGAGCACGCUUGCGCCAGCAGAUGCGCAACCGCCUGAUGCGCAACGCCACCAGCAGUGCUCCUACCACUCCUCUCCCAACGACAGCCUUCCCCUUCCCAUUCAGCAGCACCACACUCCCACCCUGGAGUAGAGAACCUCCUACCACUGAAGAAGCAACCACCUGGGAAACUGAGGUCUACACAGUGGUGGUAACUGACUGGGAAACUGAUGUCACAACAGAGGCAGAUGCCUGGGAGGAGACCACAGGCACUCCUUUCCCUAUGACCACAGCAGAGACGUACACAGUGAACUUUGGAGAUUAGUGACAGCCAGCAAGCUUGCUAUGACUCUUGCCCUUGAACACUGAAAUUCCAAAAGCUGGUUCCCCCCCUACAUGUACCCCUUCAAGAGGAAACCAUGUCCAUUCAUCGUAGCACAGUAGGUGCUUUUGCUUUUAGAUCCCACCAAGAAACCUGCUGCUUUGAGCAGGCUGCUAUAAGCCAUAGCAUUUACAUCAUCACCCUUCUUAAAUUUGCUUGGGAUGUAAGAAUUUCACUUUCUCAGAGGCAUAUCCUUCCAACUCUAGAAGCCUUUAAAUUGCCAAACUAGGAAGUUCAUGUGAGAAGGCAAUCAGGAAAGCUUUAAAACAUUUGGACAAGGGCUGAGAAUUGAUGUUUAAAAUGGUUGAGAGAUUAAUAAGUCUAUCUCUGGCCAGCAGAAAUGCCAGUGAAGUUCAAAUUAGGUUUCUAAAUGCUUCAACUGUAUUUUUUAAAAUCUUCAGCUUCAUGUUUUGUUGCAACAGAAAGUGAUUCUGUGGAAUCUAUCCGAUUGUUCACUAUAGAGCAGAUCAUCUUUUUCCACCUGUAAGCAGUUCUUAACAGCCAGUAUUUUGCUCCUGCCAUGAAUGAAACCACAAGUAAUCAAGAGAAAAAGGGAAUGAAUGGGCCAAGUUCAGAACUGUGGGGUGCUGCCCGGGAGGCAGGUAGAGUGCCACUUUGGCCUUUUAAACACUUUUUAUAUUAAUAAAAUGAAUUAUUAAAGAAGCU